UUGGGGAGAGAUCAGAGCAGCUGCUCGUCUUAAUAUGCACGGAUCUCCUGGCAUUUGCGGCGGACUGGAGAAAACUCGGGCUUCUUGUUGAGCUUGACUUUUGUAAUUUUGGACAGUUUGAGCCAUGGGGUCCACAGGCACUGAAGCCGCUCAGGGACUGGAGAGCGCUCCUCUAAAGUAUCCCAUAGGAGGACACACCGAGAAAAUGUGGCAGAGGCUUAAAGGGAUAUUAAGAUGUUUAGUGAAGCAGCUGGAGAAAGGUGACGUUAAUGUGGUUGACCUAAAGAAGAAUAUUGAAUAUGCAGCAUCUGUAUUGGAAGCCGUAUAUAUCGACGAAACAAGGAGGCUCUUGGACACAGAGGAUGAACUCUCAGAUAUCCAGUCCGAUUCAGUCCCACUGGAAGUACGGGAUUGGUUGGCUUCUACCUUCACGAGGAAAAUGGGGAUGACAAAAAGGAGGCCAGAAGAAAAACCCAAGUUUCGAAGUAUCGUGCAUGCUGUGCAAGCUGGGAUAUUUGUAGAAAGAAUGUAUCGAAGAACUUCUAACAUGGUUGGUUUGGCCUACCCAGCAGAAGUGAUAUCAACUUUUAAGGAUGUUGAUAAAUGGUCAUUUGAUGUGUUUGCCCUCAAUGAAGCAAGUGGUGGGCACAGCCUGAAAUUCAUGAUGUACGAAUUGUUUACCAGAUACGACCUUUUGAGCCGUUUCAAGAUUCCCGUUCCCAGUCUUAUUUCAUUUGGGGAGGCUCUGGAAAUUGGCUACAGCAAGUACAAAAACCCCUACCACAACUUAAUCCAUGCGGCGGACGUCACACACACUGUGCAUUGCAUCAUGCUUCUGACUGGUAUCAUGCACUGGCUCACUGAACUGGAAAUACUAGCAAUGAUCUUUGCAGCUGCAGUCCACGAUUACGAGCACAAUGGGACAACAAACAAUUUCCACAUUCAGACCAGGUCAGAUGUUGCCAUUUUGUACAACGAUCGCUCAGUUCUUGAAAACCAUCAUGUGAGUGCCGCUUACCGAAUAAUGCAAGAAGAGGAAAUGAACAUCCUGGUAAACUUAACCAAAGAUGAAUGGAGGGAACUGCGCAACCUAGUCAUUGAGAUGGUCUUGUCUACCGACAUGUCAGGUCACUUCCAGCAAAUCAAAACCAUGAGGCACACUCUUCAGCAGACAGAGGGGAUAGACAAAGCCAAAGCCAUGUCUCUGAUUCUACAUGCAGCUGACAUAAGCCAUCCUGCCAAGUCCUGGGAGCUGCACUACCGGUGGACCAUGGCGCUGAUGGAAGAAUUCUUUCGACAGGGAGACAAAGAGGCUGAACUUGGGCUGCCGUUCUCUCCCCUCUGUGAUCGCAAAUCUACUAUGGUGGCGCAGUCCCAAAUAGGUUUCAUUGAUUUCAUAGUGAAGCCAACAUUUUCUCUCCUUACUGACUCCAUGGAGAAAAUCGUUUUUCCUCUUAUAGAGGAAGCUUCAAAAUCGGAAAGCCCUCCCUUCAUGACAACACCCAGUGAGAACAGCAGUAUGGAUGCACACAAAAGAAUUGGGGCUCGAAGCACGGCGUGUUACGGUGGGACUUGUUCGGAAAACUCGUUAGCAACUGUGGAUUUAAUCAGCUUCAAAGACAGCUUGGUUCAGAUCAUCCAAGAAAACAAAGAUAGGUGGAAAGAGUUAGCUGAAAAAGAAGAACUUGUGCAAAACGUUGGUGGGCAGCACAAAGGCCAGCCUAAAGACCAAAGCAGACAAGCUACAGGCACACCAUCAGAGGAGGUGACAACCAAGACACCAAAUGAGAAUAAGCAGGGAAGCGAUGACACAGCGUUGUCGAUAGACUCGUCCUCCACUUCCAUAGCUCUUCAAGUGAACUCUCUUAAUUCAUCGAUCAGUGUACCUAGUUCGGAGACAGUGUCUAAACUUCCUGCAAAUACAAAAGGAAUGGCAGAUGUACAGCAAGAAACACAAGCUACCACUCCCCUAAAUGGUGAACCCAAACUUUGUAAGAAUACAGAAGAGCCUGCAAAAGCGUCAGAACCAAACCAAGCUGUGCUCCGCAACUAGAAGACGUACAUCUUCCUUGUUUCUUUCCAUUUGGAAAAUGAGAGGAUGAAUAAAAUGGCACUAAAACAUCUUCAUUUCCCACCAGGCUGUUAUCUUCUCUGCCAAAUCGUCCUUGGACCAUUUUAGCUGUAUGUAGAACUGAUGGAUACAGAUGUCUGGCUUUAAAAGAACUACAAGGCCUUGAGCGGGGAACUCGAGGUGCUCGUAGAAGAGCUAAAAGAUUUGGAGUUAUUUUCCUGCUCCUUCUGUUCUGCCAUCUUUAAUUUAGCUGGAAUACAUUUUUAAGCAACAAAAAAAGAGGAAGAAAUUAUUUUGCUCAGUGACACCAGCCAUUACUGUUUCACCAUGUACAAAUACGUGCCGCGGAAGACUGAUUUAUAGAGAUUUAGAAGACUGCUCUAGGCUUACUUGUAGAUGAUGGAAGGGACGUAAUGAAAUUUCUACCCAAAUGUACAGUUUUUUUUAACAAAAAAACUUUCUGGAAGGGUGGGUGGGGAUUCAGGGAUCGUAGGGAGUCUCUUAAGUUGAGCAACGAAUGUACCUCUACGCCAUGUCCUUAUGUGGUGAAGAUCUGUUGAAAAUGACCAACGUUAACGGUACAUCAGAAUCGAUGAUAAGGUUACAAUGCAAGGGAGGGCCAUGGUUCAGUGGUCCAGCACAGAUGCAGAGGUCCCCAGGCUCAAUUCCUGGCAUCUCCAGUUAAAAAGGAUCUCAGAUAGGUGACCUGUGAGAAACCUCUGUCUAACACUGGAGAACUUCUGCCUGUCGCGAUAGACGUGACAGGACUAGAUGUGUUCUUAUUCCGGACAAUGGCGGCUUUGUGUGUCCAAUAUCGCCUCCGAUAAAUCUGCCAUGAAACUCUACCAUUUCUAUAGACACAAGAACCACCACUGAUUUGGACGCAUGGGUGUAACUUGCACAAAACUGUCUGCAGAACAGUUCGU